AUGCAGCUGCAGAAGUUCCACCUUGGCUUGGUUGCUCACCCACGCAUCCUAGUCUGCACACGUCCCAACUGCGGUUAUGGACUCGCUCUGAUGCCGUCAGUCAAGGAGAGGGUGGCUCAUGUCAAGCAGUCCCACUCCUACACGCUGAUCGAUGCUCAGCUAGCUACACUCAAGCUGCUCCUUCAAGAGCAGAAGCUGGAGAAUUCUCGGCUCAUCAAGAGCAAGUCUGCCGUGAAGGGCCACAUUAAGCAGCACACUUCUGCUGGCGGUGCAAGCACAUACCACUGCAAUGACGCUGUCGGCAAUGACGCUGUCGGCAAUGACGCUGUCCAGCUGUAUUGUACGGCUGAGUCUGCAGACAAGCUGGACGAUGCCGCCAAGGCCAAGGUCAGCGCUCUCAUCAAGAUGGAUCAGGAGCUCCUCCACCGUGCCGGUCUCCUUGCUCCGCAGAUUCAGCCGUCAGGACGUACUCGGGCUGGCAAGACGGCCACUGCUAUUGGCCUCCUACAUGGUGAGCCCAACAAAUGGAGAGGCGCUCACCGCUACGGGGCGCACUGGAUCUACGUUGCCAGCAAGAGGUGUGCCGCUGCGUGGAUGAGCGGUCUGCUCACCUCCAGCCGCAAGACGCAGACCAACUUCCACGCUCACGGUCCAGAUGCAAGCGAGCCGUACAGCCUUAGCAAAGGCACAGUCUAG